UUCUGCCUCCUCUGAUGUGCUCUGAUGAUCAGAGGGGCUGUUGAGAUGCCUGGAGUGGUCAGGGGUCAUCAAAGGGCAGCUGUCCACUAUAAAGGGGCCUGUCUGGAGCUCUGUCUGCACACAGCAUCAUUUCAGCCUGAGACUAGCUGGAGGAAAGAAGGAAGGGUAUUUUUACCUCUCUCGCUCUCUCUUUGUCUCUCUGUAAUAAUUGUUUGUAGAUUUGUGAGUUUCAGUUACAAUGGAAGCUAGAGUGUUGACAGUGUUCUGCACACUCCUCCUCAGCUCUUUUGGAAUUGCUCUCUCCACUCAGGGGCACAGAUACCAUGCACGCCUCAACGUGAGUUUAGCAUUCAGAAAUCUCUCAGGUACUCAUCGUAGCAGAUACCCUCUGUACAUGAUGCAGCUGUACCGCUCUUUCAGGACUGUUGAGUCCUCACCGUCAGUAGCUGUCAACACCAUCACUACACGAGGUGACAACCCGUCAGCACACAGUUCUGACUCUGUCCUAAGUCUGAUGGCCAAAGGUUGCCAUCAAGUGGGUGAAAGAUGGACAGUCACAUUCGACAUGUCAGCCAUCUCUACCAGUGAACUCGUCCAGCUGGCAGAACUGCGAAUCGGGCUGCCAGCUUUCUCUGCCUCUGAGCACGCCACUGUGGAUUUAUAUCACUCCCGAAAACAGGGCUGUGACCUGGGCAGCACAUCGUGCCAGGAUGAGCACCUUUUCUUGGGGAGUUUUGGCACAUCACCCAGUAGCAGCACAAAGUCCUCCUGGAAGGUUUUUAAUGUGACUGCUCUGUUAAAAUACUGGCUGUACCAGGGAGAUAGAGUGUCAAGCCAGGAGGCCUCAGGGGAGUCUGAAACAGACCAUGGGAGCGGUGCUGGGGAGGAGGGGGAGAUAAGUAGCAAGAAUUUGGGGUUGAGGCAAAGAAAAAUACACCAUCCGACCACAAACCGGGUCAUGAUGGUCAUCUUCUCCAAACACAACCUGCCACAGGAAGGCCAAGCAGCAUACAGUCUCAUUCAUACUGUGGAGAACUCAAAGUAUGUGACUAUGGACAGAGUCAGCAGUGAUAGUCAAAGUCGACGACACAAAAGGAACCGAAUGGAGAGGAUGAGAGUGGCUGCUGGAGCUGCACCCACUGCUGCACCGGCAGCAGAGCCGGUCCAGAGGCCACUAUGUCGGAGGGUGGACAUGUGGGUGGACUUUGACCACAUUGGCUGGGAUGAGUGGAUCGUACAUCCCAAGCGCUACAACGCAUAUCGAUGUGAGGGAGAGUGUCCCACACCACUGGAUGAGUCCUUCCAUCCAACAAACCAUGCAUACAUGCAGAGCCUCUUGCGACAUCACCAACCAGAAAGAGUGACUUGCCCAUCCUGCGUGCCAACACGCCUCAGCCCGCUCUCUAUGCUGUACUAUGAGAACGAUGAUCUGGCCCUGCGGCAUCAUGAGGAUAUGAUUGUUGAAGAGUGUGGCUGUCACUGAAGACCCACCUAUCUCUGGUUUCACUUCAUUACAAGAGCAACUACUGACAGAGCAUGAUGUUGAACUUUAAUUCAACUGUUUCUUUACUGUCUUCAUGGAAACAUUAAUGUUCAAAUAUUAAACUGAGAGUUCCAAGUCAUCGCCUUUUACAACAAAUAAUGACAAGAUAUGACUGGUCAAGGUUGAAUGACCCUAAGUAUAUUUCAUCCAUACUGGGUGGUACACAA